AUGACUCUCUCCGCUCUAGCUCUGCCUGUUGCAGCGCACAUUGCGCUCGUGGCGCUGACCUUAUGCUUGACCCUGAAGCAGUCGCUGUGGCGUUUGGCCACAAUUCCUGUCGUGUUCCUUUUAACACUGCAGGCAUGCGGCGCGCUGGACUUCUUCGGCGACAAUCAACUUGUUAAUCCCAUGACAGCAGGCUACAUUAUUGUCUUCGCAAUCCACCAUGUCCAGCUCCUCUUUUUGGCCCCGAUUGGCGAUUCCGACAUCCGCCGAGAUAUCGCUGCCAGGACACAGCAGCCUGCGAACGACAUCACUGUUGGACAGCGACUAAAGGCAAUUCUGUAUCUCAUGUCUACUCCCCGCGGGGUCGAUACGCCAUAUGAGUCCAAAGGCGUACAAUAUCCUUCGGGUCGAACCGCCUCCUCGCGACUGCGCUUUCUCGUCUGGAACAUGGCUGUGAUUACGUUUCAAUACUUGAUGAUCGAUCUUGUCACUCACGAACCACCGCCACCGGAAGACAUUGAGCGCAUGUUCGGCCCUGGGCAAGAGUUCCUUCUGUUUCGUCCUCGCGACAUACCAGCCCCCACAACCGCCGACGUCGGAAUCCAUCUCGGAGUCGCAUUAAUGGCCUGGGGACCCAUGGGAGCGUGCUUUAUUAGCAUCUUCUACCGCAUCGUGGCUGUUAUAUCUGUCGCCUUUGGAGUUUCCGGCCCUCGUCAGUGGCCUUCCUUGUUUGGCUCUGUGACUGAUGCAUACACCAUACGGAGGUUCUGGGGUCGCUACUGGCAUCAGCUACUCCGCCAACCUUUCCAGGGAACCACAAAGUUCAUCUGUCGCGAUAUUUUCCACCUGCCCUACCCAUCCAGUCUGGCACGGUAUCUCAACAUAAUCCUCGUCUUCUUCUGUUCCGCCCUAAUGCACGCCUGCAUCGACGCCAAAGGCGGAAUCGGAUUCAACCUCACCGGCGCUUGGGCCUGUUUCCUCCUACAGCCUGUCGGAAUCAUCGUAGAGGACAUCGCCGAGGCCCUCUACGCAAGACUUUUCGGAGAACUACGUAGACCGACACCGUUCUGGGUCCGUAUGGUUGGGUAUAUGUGGGUCUGGGCCUUUCUGGCUUUGGUGGCUCCGCUGUAUAACUUCCCGUUGAUGCGGCAUCAAGUUCCGGCGAGGAAUGGUGUUCCUUUCUCGGUUAUCAGAUUACUUCGUUUACACUUUGAGGCCGAGACAAUCUAG